UCAUUCAUCUAUGUCAAAAAUAAAACAAAAUGGCGGGAAUUGUUUUCGUUUGAGUUGUUUUUGUUGUCGAAAAUAUUCUAAUCAAUUCAUUUUGAAUAACAUUUUGUAUAUAAUUUUCACGUAACAAAUUACGAUGGCAGACAACGAUUUAGCUGACUUAAGGAAACAGUGCAUAACUAGCCUAUAUUUGUGUACAGAUAAUGUUUCAAAAUAUUUAGAUAGUGAAAAAGAAGCUGAAUUUGAUAAACUAAAGUUGUGUGUCCAGCAGUAUUGCACUUUAGAAGCCCAGCAAGACGUUACCAUUGAAGCUAUGGAGAGAGCAAAGAAUGAGACUGACACUUCAAAUGUGGAUACUCUAGAGGAGAGGUUCCAAGCACACCUGAGUAAUCUAGCAGGGAAACGGCUCAGGGUUGACAAUCAUCCUUAUAUGACUGAAUUCAAUAAGAGAUUCCAAAAGGGAUUGGAGAGUGCUGCACGUAAUUUAGAUGAAUCAGAUUUGGCGAUAACUGAAUCACAGGAUCAAUAUUUGGAUCCUAUAACAAAAAGGCCGGUGACUGAUCCAGUAAAGAACACAGUUUGUGGGCACAUCUAUGAGAGAGCUACUAUUAUGAAUUUGAUUUCCUCAAAACCUAGAUCUAAAUGUCCAGUUGCUGGAUGUGGUAACAGAGGACCCAUAACAAAGGACCAUUUAAUAUCUGAUGAAGAACUGAAGUUCCGUAUGACCAUCACCAAACAUUCCACAAUGAUUCAAGAAAGAUCCAUCAUGGACUUAGAUGAAACUAUGUAAUAGAACCUCCUUGCUAGUCUUGGUCUUUGAGUAAAUGCCAUAGACUAUACUCGAUUUCAUUUGAGUAGAUGUUGUAACUUUUGGUAUUUAACUGAUCAACCCUCAAGUGGUCUCCGGUGACUGUUUAGAGACUACUUUUAUAUGAAUAAAUUUUAGUGAUUGUGUACUAGUUAAAGUUACUAGAGUUGUGAUAAAAUCGUAGGUUUAUAAUUUUGAUGGAUUUAUCUAAAUGAUAAAAUCCACAAAGAACUUUACACAUAUUUUACCACAAUUUCAUCACUAUAACAUUAGUCACUGUAAACUCAAAUAAUAAAAAUAAUUUAAGUAAGCACUCUUCUUAAAUAAAAUCGAGUACAAGAUGAGUUUGAGAGAAUUCAUUUUGUUUGAUAGAUCCUAGUUCAUCAACCUACCCUAAAUUCACAAAUUUCUGCAAUAUAUUUUCAACUUUGUUACAAAACUUGAACUUCAUUAGAGAAGUUUGAUGAACGGGUGUCAUUCAAAUUGGACCUACAUAAUGAAAAGGUGACAAUCCUAGCAAGUCUGUGAGGAUGUUAAAAUUAUGUAUAUAAUAGAAAUACAAUUUCUAAU